UAUGAAGAACUGGCUUUGUCGGCAAUCCUUCAGACUGUUACCUUAGCUAGUUGCAUCAUAAGAAUGCCUGCGAAGAGUCAGGCUUAUUCAAAAAUGUUUUCCGACUACAGCGCUAGUUGCUUUGCAUAGCUAAAACAUUACCAUUGUUAUUCUUUAAAGAAUACAUAAUCGCUUGGUUGUUGGUCUGCAUGCCAAAUUGUGGUUGUAGGUGCUGUACUGGCGAGUUAGCUAGGGGCAAGUAGUUACACAGUAGCAUAAAGCAUUCAUUUAUCCAACUAGCUAGCUAAUGUAUCUAUUAUGUACAAUCGCAGCUUCUUUAAUUACAUUUUUGUUUUUAAAAUGGAUGAAGAUAAGGAGGCUGUGUAUGGAUUUGAAAAGACUAGACGGGAAAACCGUUCUUAUUACAGGAGGGAGUUCAGGCAUCGGCAAAGAAACCGCGAUUGCACUGGCAAUUCGAGGAGCCCGUGUUAUUAUCGCCUGUCGUGAUGAGGAGAAGGCCGAGAAGGCGGUCCGGGAAAUAAAGACUAUAAGCCAUACUAUAAACGUGCACCACAUGCACAUUGACCUGGCCAACAUGAGAUCCAUCCGAGACUUCUGCAAAACGUUCUUACAAAGAGAGAAGAGGCUUGAUAUCCUGAUCAAUAAUGCAGCAAUGCCCAGCGUUCUGGACUGGACGGAUGACAGUUUCAGCAUGUGCUUUGGUGUGAACCACCUGGGCCACUUCCUGCUGACCAACCUGCUUCUGGGUCGCCUGAAGGAGAGCGCCCCCAGCAGGGUCAUCACCCUCACCUGCUCAGCCUACAAGUACCAGAAACUGGACUUCCAGGACCUCAACUACAACCUCUUCCCCUUCUUCACCUACUGCCGGAGCAAGCUGGCCAACAUCUACUUCACCCAGGAGCUCGCCAGGAUGACAGAGGGGAAAGGAGUGACGGCCUACUGUGUGCACCCAGGUUAUGUGCAGAGCAGCUGGACCUGCCAUUACUCCCUCCUGUUCCGGGUGGUUAUGCAGGUGAUCAUGUUCAUGUUCUUCGUGUCCUGCGAGGCCGGCUCCCAGACGGUGGUCCACUGCGCCGUUUCGGAUGACGUGGUGCCUCUCAGCGGGGGUUACUUCACCGACUGCCGCCCGGCUGCCCUGCGACCCUUCGCCAAAGACUCCGGGGUGGCCAGGAAACUGUGGGAGGCCAGCGAGAGGCUGGUGAAACCAGCCGCUUGAAUGGCUGCUUCCGCAAGGAAAGUUCUGGAAGAUUUCCUUAUUUAUUUAUUUAAGGUCCCAUAUUGUACACCUUUCCAGUGUUUCAUUUUAGGUCCUGAUAUCAAUAAGAAAACGUUUGUGUGUUUAAGUACCAACAACAAUCUCUAUCCAGUUUUAGCAAUGAACCUUUUGAAGUGGUUAUGUCUACAAGGUGGUACUAAAGCAAAUGAGUGUAUUGUUGUGAUGUCACAACUUGCACAUUUGUACAUUUUAUUUAUACGGAUUGUGUGGAUGUUUUUGGGGACUGUGCGUUUUGAUACCUUUGUGUUUUUAUAGCACCUUCAUAAAUCCACAUAGCAAGGGAAAAGUUCCUUAAUUGUUCCUUUAAACAAAAAGCCCUUCCCCCUUUUACAAUAUUAAUUUCUCACUCCAAAGACAUUUGGGCCUCAGUCCAGUUGAAAGAUUCUGGUCUCAACUGUCCCUGCAUGAUAUUUCUGUAUGGAUGGGUGCUGUACACUCCUUUGGUAAAAAUGUUUGAUUGAACUGAGAUGAAAGACUCUUUUGGCUGUUUUAUUUUAUUGGCUUUCUUUUCUGGUUUUUAAUAUUUUUGAAUAGAUAUGUUGGCAAAACCCACUGAGGUAAUUAGAUAUGACUAGUAAGUACUAAGUUUUGUACAAAUAAAAUCGUGUGAAGGUGUCUGUUUGCAAGACAGCUAUGUUGAUCCACAGCCCCUCCGUGGUGGCAAUUCCUUGAAGGGACAGAAAAAUAAAAGCCAUCCAUUACACAUCAAUAA